UGCGUCCACACGCAGCCGCCUGGACGCGCCUGUCAUCUGGAGGAAACUCCUCCCUGCAGACAGCGCGUCCUGUCGCCUUCCCAGCGCAAUGGUCUCCUGGAUCAUCUCUAGACUUGUGGUACUCGUCUUUGGUACACUAUAUCCUGCAUACUCUUCUUAUAAAGCUGUGAAGUCCAAAGAUGUGAAAGAAUACGUGAAAUGGAUGAUGUACUGGAUAAUAUUUGCCCUAUUUACAUCUGUGGAAGUGUUUACAGACAUGUUUCUUUGUUGGCUUCCUUUCUACUAUGAACUGAAGAUAGCCUUUGUGGUGUGGCUGCUAUCCCCUUACACUAAAGGUUCCAGUGUGCUAUACAGGAAGUUUGUUCAUCCCACGCUUUCCUCAAAAGAAAAGGACAUUGAUGAGUAUAUCUGCCAAGCAAAGGACAAAAGCUAUGACACACUGGUGCAUUUUGGGAGAAAAGGACUGAACGUUGCAGCCACAGCUGCAGUCAUGGCUGCAACAAAGGGUCAAGGAGUUCUGUCAGACAGACUCAGGAGUUUCAGCAUGCAGGAUCUCUCUUCCUACCAGUCUGACCCUGUUGACAGCAGCUCCGACACUACGCAGCCUGCAGCCGCACAGCACCGAACCCGACCUAUGAUGCGCAGCAAGUCUGAGAGCUACAACAAGGGGCAGGAUUUUGACAUGACUGAGUUUGAGGUGUUGGGGUUGGACCAGUGGGACUCCAAGGAGUUUCUGUCCCAGACUGCUUCAACUUCUGAGUCUGAGCCCACGCCCAUUACACCCAGUAUGACACCCCAGUCCACCCCACCCUCUGCACCCUCUCUACCUCCCACUCCGGUGGCUCUGGAGCAGCCUGAGGAGGUGAGGAAAGAGGCGCAGGCAGCAUCAAGCUCUCCACAGCUCAGGCUGACUAAGCGGAAGGCUCCUGAGCCUCCUCAUAGAGUCUUAAGGCCUCUCACAAGAUCCAGGAGUGCUCUUUCUUCGAACAAUGAAGCCAUGUGAAACUGUCCUCAAGACUACUCCAGCUGCCUUUGCUGCAAGAAGUUAAAACAAAAAUACUGAAUGGCCAAAAGCUACAUGACUGAAGCAGCCCUGCUUUGGAAUAUGGUAUUACCAAAGUGACCUAUGAUGACCCCUCUAUAUACAGCAUAUAGCAAGUGACUCAUGAUUUAAAAUGUUGAGGUAGGAGAAAUGAGUGAAUGGGUGCCAUGCUGAGAAGACACGUUGAGUUUGUUGGUUAUUGAAUAUGUAUUUAUGUACAGGUUUAUGUGCGCUUCAUCUUUAUGAUUUCUUUGUUUUUAAUCUAUCAAGUCUGGACAGGCAAAUGCAUGUGUGUCUUCCCAGGCAUUAGUCUGCUGUUAUUAAACAGAAUGUACUGUCACUGAACAUUACAGCAGGCACAGUGAGCAAGAGAAUGUGAUAGAAGCCAAGGAUCAACAGCAUAGACCGGGCUGUUUUUACCCACGUGAAAUAAUUUUUCUCUGGAGAGCAGCUUUUCUGCACUUCAAUAAUUAUCACAACAAAGUAUUAAUAAAUGAAUCAGUUAUCCAAGCGAAGAUCAAGCGACAAGUGACAGAUAUGAUUCUGUUUAUUACCUCUCUCUUAAAGCCUUAAAAAAAGAGAUAGCAGAGACUUAAAUGUUGCAUUUCCAACAGUGUUCUUAUUAAUAUGCACUAGGUUUAGAAUAGAAAUCACUGCCCUCAAUAAUCUAAAAUAGCUGAAUAAAUAAAUAAAUAUAAGUCACUGAACACCACCAUUAAUCACUUUCAUUAUUGUGCGUUUUUUCGGUGGUAAAUAGUUUUUUGUGUACCAAAAAACAACACGUGCAUCACAGAUUUAGAAAAGAAAGAAAGAAAAGAGAAAAAAAGUCAUUACAUAAGAUGUUUCGUUAGUGGAGCUGACUGUUUUUGACAAUCUGUUUAGUUUCUAAGCAUGUUCUGUCAUUUAUUUGGCAGUUUUUAGUGCAAUUAGGAUUAAGUCACUUUUCUGCUGUAGCAAGAGUAGGAUACUACAUGGUUAAACAUUAACUGUAUAUGGACAUGGUUGUUUUUUCUUUUUAUUUACAUGUUUAAAAUCACUGUGCAAUGUUCUGCUGUGAACUGAGCAACUCUAAGCCCGACUCUCGUUACCGUUAUUUGCUUCCGUUGUUAUUUAGAAAAUCACGAGAGUGACUUUAGUGGUUUUUCAGGUUUACAACCUCUCUGAAUUAGCAGUGCGUGGUGAAGCGUUGUUUGUUUUCAUCCUGAACUUUACUCGCUGCGCCUGAACCUCGGCGACGUUCUAAACAAAGUAUCACUGUGCUGGUUGUCGAUUGACAGGAUUAGCCCAGUAGAUUUCUAACUUUCCUCUAUGUAUCUGUAUCAUUUAAGGUGGGUUUGAAACAAAAAGCUUCUCAGGUACAACUGUUCUGUUUACACGUCACUCACUCUGAUGUUGUAGAUACACUUAUUAUGCACAUAAAAUGCUCUUUAAACAGAUAAACGGUGAAAAAAAUGGGGGGUGGGGGGAAUCAAAUGAUGUGUUUAAGCAUUAGUAGUAUCUGUGGUAGUGUUGGAGGUGAUUUCUUUGAAAUUCAUUCAAAGCAAAACAGGAAAAAACAUGUUACAAAGUUGCAGAUCUGUAUACUUGUGUGUAGAUCGAUGAAGUCAUCAUUGCAUGAUGUUUUGUUAUUAAUUUGUAUGAGAAUUUGAUUUCUUAAGUGCUUUUGUGUGAAGCUGUUGGCCUCUUCAGAUGCCUUGCUGGUAAACAUUUUCUUCUUUAGUUGAUUUAUAAAAAGAAAAAGAAAUGUUGUGGCUAUCAGUUGGUUAAAUAUAUAUAUAUAUAUACACAUACACACACGCAUACAAACAUGUCUUAUUAACUGGUAAAUUAGCCACUUAACACUUUAUUCAGUGGGAGACACGCAAGUCAUUGUACUAACAUAUCCUCAGAUUUUUUUUCUGGCAGGCCAGAAUGUCAAGUUAAUUCAACUUAAACUUAAUUGUGAAUUAUGAAACGAAAAGAUGUGAUGUGAUGGCAUAUUGGUUUUAUGACUAUCAAUUUGUUUCACUUGUUUAAAUAUUUCUGUUGGUGAAAUCAACUUACAACCAUUAAAUAUAAAGCAGAA